UAGACACCUCCGAAGAUCACCAAAUUGCGUGCUGAUACCAUGGGUCUCCCGCUGCGACAGGAACCGGACAUUGAGCAGAAGUACUCGCAAGCACGGGCCCAGUCCUCAGAGUCCAGCGGAGCAUCUCAACUGCCACCAGAAGCACUAGAUCUAGCCUCCAAACUCUUCGACUUCGCACGUGAAGGCAAGACCGCGGAGCUCAAUCAAUACAUUACCGCUGGCAUACCUGUGAACUUGACGAACCACAAGGGCGACACUCUGCUCAUGCUGGCGAGCUAUCACGGCCAUCUGGAUACUGUUGAGAUGCUGUUGCAGAAAGGCGCAGAUGCCAACGUGCUUAACGAAAGAGGACAGAGUCCAGUUGCGGGUGCGGUGUUCAAGGGCUAUGAUGACAUCGUGAAGAAGAUGGUGGAGGCUGGUGCGGAUAUACAUGCAGGACAGCCUAAUGCGGUUGAUUCCGCGAGGAUGUUCCGGAGAGAGGAGUGCUUGAGGCUUUUUGGUGUUCAGGAGGGACAGUGAGCAUGCAGCGGAAGCAGAGCAAUUGAUGUACAACAUCUGUACAAUACGAGCAACGGCCAUGCCCAUGCGCCAAGAACAUCUUCGCCGUCUGAAUCUUGCCACUGUCAAUUAUGGUGUCUCGGCUCAUUCACAGCAUCUCCACCCGCUGGUUGUCCUUCACCGGCAGCAACAAGCCUUCCUCAGGAUCUGUGUUGAUCUGGUCGCUUACGGCUUUGGCCAGCCUGUCCGCCAUAGACUCAAUCCUCGUACCGAGCCGCUCAAAGAUGUUACCAGCCAUACGCUUUGCUAGCUCAGUCGAACAAGGUGCUAUAGGAGUCGAAGGUGCUUCAUAGCAUUCUUCAGUCGUAGCACUCGACGUGGCGGAGCUUUGUCCACCGGCAGCAACGGCAUGCUUGUGGAUUAGUCUGGGCUCCCCAGCACUAUAUCGGUAA